AUGAGAAUACGACACAGUUUGGCCUGCGUAGCCAUUGGGGCUCUGCUCUUAGUAAGCGGGGCCUUAGCCGCCGAUUCUGCCUGGGGUAGUGAGUGGGCUCCCAUGGAAAGUACAAUGCAUACGAGACGUUCCGCAGAUGCAGAGCCUGAAAAAGCCGCCACAGACGUUCAGGGACGCAACUAUGCCGUACACGAGUCCAUACAAAGCAAUGACACACAGGAGAUUGACGCUAUUAUCGAGCAGCUGAUUAACUCACGCCGCGAGGGACGCACUCUGGGUGACUACGAUGCGGUCUAUGCUGAUGGCAAUAUUGAUCAGGCGCUGCAACAGGGCAACGAUCUGCAGGCACGCAACUUGAUCCGGGAUAAGCUGUGCGAUCUGGGCUUGAUGAGCUGUGACGUUGAGGAGAAGCGGCCUUUCUACUCCACCAUCUAUGCGCAAGGACCACCACCGCCACAAGGCAGCUUCGGAGGCGGCCCCUAUGGACCAGCAAAGCCUAUGCCACCACCAAGCUACUUCAAUGGACGUCCACCAAUGGGCCCACCACCUCCAAACUCGUUGAACUCCUUCGGACCACCACGAAAAGUUGGCUAUGAAGGACCCUACAAACCAAUGAACUACAGACCAAGCGGACCCGGUGGACAAUUCGGUGGCCCCUACAUGGAGCAUCCUCCACCAUCUGCCGUCGACGGUUCGGAUGGUAUUAUCUACACGAAGCCUCCACCUGGAGCCCUUAUUUAUGAUACCAAGCCACCUGGUCCAAUCUACACUGGCCCCUCAAACGGCCCCGUUUACACAGGUGCUUCUAACGGAGUGCCUCCGUACAACUUUGAGAACCCUGACAAAAUUGGCGCUAGCUCCUCGCUAAAUAACAAUUUUUACUCUCAACAAUCGUCGUCCUCCUCGUCGGCAGCAACUUCAUCUAGCACGAAAGUGGUUGUAGGCGCUCCCAUUUCCCCAAUCGAUGCCGGUCUUCAGCAGCAUGUGCACCAUCAUUAUCAUCACGUUGAGGGAGCUGAAGGUGCUAAGGUUCCCAGUGUUUCUGUACCAAUUGGUUCUGGUCAAAACAUCAACACGGACUUCAGCGCUUUGGCCCAAUCCUCGGCUACGUAUACCCCUCAAGCCCAGGGCAGCUACUCACAGUCCAAUGCAUUUACGGCCGGUUUCAACGCUGCCUCACAGGGAGGUUUGCUUACACAAGGCGCUAUUCAGAACGGAUUCGGUCCAGGUCAGAAGCCAAAUGGCGAUAUUUACAAGCCUAGCGCUGGUCUUGGCAGCUUUGGCAGUGGAUCCAGCGUCUCUCAAGGUGGUAUUUCGAGCUAUGGUCAAAACGGUUUCAGUGGCUCACCCAGUGGUAGUUAUCACAGUCAGAAUCCCGACUAUUACAAAAAAGAAUUGCAAUCUGGCGCCUCCUCUAACUACAAUGGCUUGUCCACGGGCUAUGGCAACCAAGGUCAAUCGCUCUAUCAAGGAGCCGGUGGUUAUGACACUUCCCGUCAGCAAAUUGUCGAUUGCCAAUGUGUACCUAUUUCACAAUGUCCUGCCGCUGAUCGUAUUGGCCGCAAGGAGGACCUCAUUCUGCCUAUUGACCCCCGUAAUCUGGGCAAAGACAUUGAGGCAUUGAGUGACGAAGCUGCAUCUAAUAUUACAGUUAGUGCUACCGCUGAUUCAAAGCCAGAUUCUCCAAAAGAAGACGACAAGAACGACGAUAAGAAAAAACGCACUCGUCGUGAGGCUGAAGCUCCAGCGGCUGAAAGCCGAGCUCUGGAUGGCGACAAUAGCGAUCUGACGCUAGAUGCUCAAGGGCGACAGGCACCACUCGGACAGUCGCCACUUGCUCUACCGGCUCUGCAGGCCAUAGAACUUAUACAGCGCAAGGUCUUGCCAACUUAUGGCGUAAGCUUUGGAUUGCCCUAUCCCUCAGGGGGACAAGGCUAUCCACCCAAUGUUUUGGGUGAUUACUAUCCAGCGCAGAAUCCACACUUCGGCUCUGUCGGACCCAACGGCCUAAAUCUAGGGUUAAUUAAUGUAAAUCCAUUAGUCUCGGUGCAAGUGAGCAAAACAGACUACGGCGAAAAGGUGGUAAAGCCUUUGGUGAACCUCCAUGUCACACCCAACGAAAACAUUAUUCAAAAGGUCGGAGAUUUCUUCAAAAAGAAGCCGACGGAGAUACAUAGCACCCAUUACCAUCACCACGACCACUUUAGUGGCUUUGAGCAUUACGAGCAUGAUCAUUACGAGCAUGAUCAUCACGAUCAUAUUCAUGAUCAUCCCAGCGGUCCGAUUGUAUACGACGCAUCUAGGCCAGGACCCAUAGAGCAUUAUAGCGUGGAAAUGGUACCAAGCACUCCCAUAUUUGAGUACCACAGCGGUCCAUCACUGCCACCCCAGCCCGUAGUGGCACCCGCACAUUACCAUCAUCAUCAUGAGAGCACCUUCGAUCACUCCUUCAACUCCAUUCAUUCGGGUACGGGCCCCUCGGGUCCAACAGGGUUUGCGCCUAGUCAGCCCCUUUCCCAAACUGGCUUUGGGCCCAGUGCCUUUGGCAACUAUGACGAUUUCUCUCACCACUACGAACGCAGCUCAAAUGUUAGUGAGCCGACCUGGUCUUCACCCAGUAGACGCGGCAAGCAACUUAACCUAAGCACGCUGCAUAGCAUACCAACUCAGGCGCCCGGAGCUGCCUCUGGUAGUGCUCAUAUCACUUUCCCGCGUGAUCGCAGAAGGCGCAGCGUAGAAGACCAUGAGGACACAGUUGAGUUAGAAGAAAAAAAUUUAGCUAGAAGAUCUUCAGCGGAGCAGCGCGCCUAUUAUGGAAACCGUCCCGUGCAGAAGACUUGCCGCAUCAAUGAGGUCUGCUGUCGUCGUCCCCUUCGCCCACAAGCUCCACCCCAACAGCUUGGACGUUGCGGUGUUCGCAAUGCUGCCGGAAUUACUGGACGCAUUAAGAACCCCGUCUAUGUCGAUGGUGAUAGCGAGUUCGGUGAAUAUCCAUGGCAUGUUGCCAUUUUAAAGAAGGAUCCCAAGGAGUCCAUCUAUGCCUGCGGUGGUACUUUGAUCGAUGGUCAGCAUAUCAUCUCUGCAGCCCAUUGCAUCAAGUCCCAAAAUGGUUUCGAUCUGCGAGUUCGUCUGGGUGAAUGGGACGUCAACCAUGAUGUAGAAUUCUUCCCAUAUAUUGAACGCGAUGUUGUCUCCGUACACAUUCAUCCUGAAUAUUAUGCCGGCACCUUGGAUAAUGACUUGGCCAUAUUAAAACUGGAUCAUCCUGUGGACUUUACCAAAAACCCACACAUAAGUCCCGCUUGUCUGCCCGAUAAAUUCUCUGACUUCACCGGCGCCCGUUGCUGGACCACCGGCUGGGGCAAGGAUGCCUUCGGCGAACAUGGAAAGUAUCAGAAUAUUCUGAAGGAGGUCGAUGUGCCCAUUCUGUCGCAUCAUCAGUGCGAAUCUCAACUUAGAAACACUCGCCUUGGCUAUAGCUAUAAGCUUAAUCCCGGCUUCGUUUGCGCCGGUGGUGAGGAGGGUAAGGACGCCUGCAAAGGUGAUGGCGGUGGUCCUUUGGUCUGCGAGCGCAACGGUGUCUGGAACGUGGUCGGCGUCGUCUCUUGGGGCAUUGGUUGUGGGCAGGUGAAUGUGCCCGGCGUGUAUGUGAAAGUCUCGCACUACUUGGAUUGGAUCAACCAGAUUACACAAUACUAUAAAUGAUUACCGGCAAUAUCACCCACACUAGAGGCCACACCAGACGUUACUGCUUACCACGGCGACACGCCUGAAGCCAUUCGUCACCCCCACUUCGAC